UUUCCGUGAGAAACACGUUCGUGCGUUUCGCAUACAGUUUUUAACUAAAAAAAUGGGUUUCGCCAAUUUGUGGUACUCGCAUCCGCGUAAAUAUGGACAGGGCUCGCGUUUCUGCCGUGCCUGCUCCAACAAUCACGGAAUGAUCCGAAAGUACGGUCUCAACAUUUGCCGACAGUGCUUCCGUGAAUACGCCAAGGAUAUCGGAUUCAGGAAGCUGGAUUAAACCAGAGAAUUUUCUCAGCGUUCCUCGUGCAUGGCUUCAAGAACGGAUUUGCACCUUGCUGGCAAUAACAUGAGAGGAAGCGAUAUCGGCAAAUAAAUAACGUAAAACUCACA